AUGUCCUAUUAUACUCAAACAGCACAUUCAGCCACACCAAUUCCUGCCAAGGAUGACCCUUCAGUCCUGGCCCAGGUUGAAGAAGAUGCCAGAGCACUGGACAAAGCCAUGAGCGGCUGGCGCAAGGACAACGUCACCAUCACGCGAAUCGUGUUAUCGACAUGCUUAAUUCCAGGACGGUCAGAACUGCUUCAGGAAACCACAAAACAGAUAUACCGGUACGACCUUAUGAAAACCCUUAAAUGGACGACCACAGGGCUGUUCAAAAAAGCCAUCGUGGCGUUAAUGCUAGGGCCAGUGUGGAACGAUAUCAACCGUCUGCGCAUGAUAAUUCUGAAGGCCGACGCACCCACUCACCGGUUAUGUGCUGAGGUCAUAUUCUAUCGAACGACUGCACAGCUUGCAAAGAUUAAGGAGACGCACCAGGAUAGGUACCGCUAUCCUGUCGAGGACUUCAUCAAUUGCUAUCAAAAACGGACCCGUCAGCUCCUUCGACUAUACAUGGAGACUGCCAGGCCCGAUGACGGGUCCGAUAUUCGGGACACCGCAGGGAUCGAGGCCGAUGCUCGCACGCUGCACGAUACCAUACCACAUAAGGGCAAGGAAGCUGAAUUUUCGGCUCUGCUUGCUCGGUGCUCGCAUCAAAGACUCGUGGCAAUUAGUGAUGAGUUCAGGUCCAUCUACGCUGUGGCCCUAGAGGACUACAUCAAAGAACAUAUAUCGGGAGACUUUCAAAACACACCCCAAUGGUUACUUUCCUGGGCUAGAGAUCCUGCGGAGUAUGGCGCCUGUAUCCUGCGGAAGUUAUUUCCAUCAGAAAUUACAGGUCUUAUGAACGAUGAGCGUCUAGUGAUCGAUACGUUUUUAUGGUGUCAUUGGAACCGACCAGUCUUUGAGGCCGGGAAGGAAAAGCUGGAUGCAGAAGGCUUCAAUCUCCGUGCGAAAUUGAAAAAACGCGUGGUCAACGGUCCACUCCGCGAUCUCAUUCUCAGAAUUUAUGAUGGUCUGAUUUAACCCGCCUUCGCCUCUCAAUUCAGUCGGAGGCGUAUAUACAGAGUCUCCGGGAGUCAGCAAACGAGGAGAGCAGCAGUGUAGAUUAGUCGAUUCCAGCCCCAGGGCCUCGAUCGUUCGAUAGUAUACAUAAUAGUAUUUAUCAAGGU